CUAAGGAGAACAACACAAAACGAAAGAAAAAAAACAGCAAUCAUGACUCCCUUAAUUUAUCCUUCGUUCUUUUACAAAUCAUAUUGCCGGCUCUGUUUACCUAGUAUGGUGCAAUAAAUGACGAGCCUCCCCGACAAGUGUAAACUGGCUUGAGAGAGAUGUCAUCUCCGGGCAUGGGCACCCCCAGUGACCCCCUCUUGGCCAGUCCAGGAGGGAGGUUAUCCACAGCUCAGGAAGGUCUCUGGAGGAGCUCACUAUCCAAAACCGUCAGUUUCCCAACGUCCACCACCCGGCACCUCAGUCACCGAGCCAAUAACUUCCAAAGACAGCCAAAGCGCCGGAAGCUGAUAGGACCUUCACCGCCUCCGCCACCGAACACACCCUGCCCCCUGGACCAGCUGGACCUCAGUGAGAUUCCCCCCAGGCGUACCUUCCAAGAGCUGGUCUGCAAUGGCUGCAUCCUCUUUGGAAUUGAAUUCAGCUAUGCCAUGGAAACGGCUUAUGUGACUCCUGUGCUUCUACAGAUGGGCUUGCCUGAUCAAUUCUACAGCUUGGUGUGGUUUAUUAGCCCCAUUCUGGGAUUCCUUGUUCAGCCUCUCCUCGGAGCGUGGAGUGAUCGUUGUACAUCCCGGUUUGGGCGAAGGAGACCUUUUAUUUUUGCCUUGGCUCUAGGCGCUCUGUUUGGUCUAACUCUGGUGCUGAACGGACGGGACAUUGGAGGUGCGCUUGCUGAUACCGAAUCAAACCACAAGUGGGGAAUCAUCCUGACGGUGUGUGGUGUGGUCCUGAUGGACUUCAGCGCGGAUUCAGCAGACAACCCGAGCCAUGCCUACAUGAUGGACGUGUGCAGCCCAGAGGACCAGGAUCGGGGGCUGAACAUCCAUGCACUACUGGCAGGACUAGGAGGUGGAUUUGGCUACAUUGUGGGUGGCAUCAACUGGGACAAGACACAAUUUGGAAGGGCGUUGGGAGGUCAACUGCGGGUCAUAUUCCUGUUUUCGAGUAUCACCUUGGUGUUCGCCACAGCCAUGACUCUGAUGAGUAUCCCCGAACGGCGACUACCAAAGAACAAAAACUCCAGCAAAGCUCAUCUAAAAAGCCCCAGCCUCCCUCUUCCUCCCUCUCCUCCUGUUCCCCCAGCUUUGGGACUAGAUGAGGAAGAUGAGGAAGGUCUUUACAGCUACAAUUUCUCAAAGUCUCACCCAUAUUACUCUGACCCUCUUGCCCAUUCUUACAGUGCCAAUGCAAGGCUCUGUGCUGGUCUCACGAGCCCCAUAUCACCGCUGAGCCCCCUCACUCCGAAAUAUGGCAGCUUUAUAAGCCGGGACAACUCGCUCACUGGCAUCAAUGACUUUGCCUCUUCGUUAGGAGCCUCCUAUAUAGACAGUGUGCUCAUAGACUGCUACACUGGUCAGCAGACACCACAGGCCCUGGCCUCCAACCCCACCACUGUGCCCCUGCCUCCAGGGGACUCUCCUCCUCCUGAUGAGUCCACACAGGGAGCAGGCAGCCAUCCCGCAGGACAGACCCAGGCCGACGUGGGGUCUCAUCCAGCUGGGGCAGCUCCGGAUGCAGAUGCGCCACAGGCUGAGGGAGAAGUACAAUCUCAGGCCACAGCUGGGGCUCAGCCUGGUGCAGGGUCACACCAGGGCUCUUCUGCUGGUAUCCUGAAGCGACCCCAGAGUCUUGCACUAAUGGAGGACCCCAUUGCAACCCAGAUUGUUGGGCUGGAGAACGGCCGCAGGAGAACAGUGACCUUCAGCCAGCAGGUUGCAAACAUCUUGCUGAACGGGGUGCGCUAUGAGAGUGACCUGACUGAGAAUGUGAAUAAUGGAGAGUCGCAAUUGUCAAUACGGCUGCUGUGUGUAGCCAUCUACAGGAUGCCUCCCUCUCUGCGGAGUUUAUGCACUAAUCAUUUCCUGGGCUGGCUGUCCUUUGAAGGCAUGCUGCUCUUCUACACUGACUUCAUGGGGGAGGUUGUGUUUAAAGGAGACCCCAAAGCACCCCAUGACUCUGAGGCUUACCAACGGUACAAUGCUGGUGUUAACAUGGGCUGCUGGGGAAUGUGCAUCUAUGCAUUCAGUGCUGCUUUCUACUCAGCCAUAUUAGAGAAACUGGAGGAGCGUUUCUCUCUUCGCACUCUAUAUUUCUUUGCCUACCUGGUGUUUGGUUUGGGCACCGGCCUGGCAACACUGUCCACCAACCUCUACGUGGUACUCUCUCUCUGUGUCACCUAUGGGGUGCUCUUCUCCUCUCUAUGCACGCUGCCUUACUCUCUGCUGUGUGAAUACUACCAGAGCCCUCAGUUUUGUGGCUCGUCAGAGGAAGGGACCAAACGAGGGAUGGGGGUGGACAUCUCUCUGCUGAGCUGCCAGUAUUUCCUGGCACAGAUCCUGGUCUCUGUGGCGAUGGGACCUCUGACCUCACUGGUGGGUGGGGCCCAGGGAGUGAUGUACUUUGCAAGCCUGAUGUCAUUCGUGGGCUGCCUGUACUCCUCUCUCUGCGUGGUUUACCACCUGCCCCCCCCUGAGGGAAGAGGAGAAGUUGAAACUGGGGUGUGAAUCAGCAUUCGGUCGGAAACCGAACAAAACAGAAGAACAGCAAACAGGGAGAAGACUCAUGUGAACAAUGGGUAACCCUGGAGGUGGACAACAUUGAAGGAAGACUGUGGGCGUGCAUAGAGCCGGCAGCAAGUGUUUAACGUCAUCAUUAGGGAGCAUGCUUAAGCGCCACCACACUCGGACCACCAACUCAGUAAAGUCAUUCUAUGACGUUGUUUCCAUCCUAAAGAAGCCAUCUUCAUCCGCAAAAGCAUCUGUUGUGCCAGGGCAAACGGUAUGCGUUGCCCGCCUCAACACAGGCACCAUGUCAGACUUCAGGGCUUUAAACAAAAGGUCAACGUAAGAGUAUAACCAUUGUGAUCCGUUUCAUUGAUUGGCACUCACACUGAAUACUCCAACAUUAAAGUGCCAGUCUUCAUUGCUGCCUCAACAGAAUGUCAAUUGCCUACGAUUUAAGCCUCCUGGACUGAUGGAUGCACACCACGCUAACGUUUCUGAGGGAACAGUCACUGUAUGGAUCAUGCGUUGCAGCUUGCUGAAGAAAUAAAACCCAGCAGCUGUGCUAUAUGGUACCACCUAUUGCUCAAUAUUAGUGUUUAUGUAAAAGCUUUUAUUCAGGGUUCAGUUAAAACUAAAAUUGAUAAUUUUGCCA